AUUCUAUUCAAGGAAGAAAGUAAACUCCAUUCGUUUUUUAUAAUUAUUUAUUCCACUCUCUCUGACUCUCAUUAUUCUUCGUUUUUAAAUCGCCAACUUCCUACUAACAGAGUCAGGUAAUUAUUGAAUCCCAAUUCCUGCUGGAAGACCCAAUUAGGUUAGAAAUCAUCUUACCGCCUACCCAUGGCUUAUUCCGCUGCGGAAUACCCGACGAAUUUGCCGAUCCCGGUCGACCUCUUCGUGUCCAAGAUACAUACGGGCCUUACGCGUGGCGAUCUCGGGUUCGCCGACACCUCCGGUCGCAUCGUUUUUAAGGUCAACCGUCAGUCUUCCAAAUCCUCGGCUAAUAAGCUAGAAAUCGUUGACGCCACGGGAAAACCUGUAAUUUCCUUGCACCGUAGCGAUAAUGGGUCGUGGAAAGGCUACAAGGGGGACGAUCAGAAGGACUCCAUUUUCACAGUUAGAACUGAAAAAACCGAGUUGCUGGUGUCUCUUGUUAACCCGGCCUCUGAAUUGAAGGUGAAAGGCCAGCCUUCAAUGAAAUCCUGCACCAUCUAUAAAGGCAAUGACAUUGUGGCUCAGACUAGUCUAAUGUACAAGCUUUGUCAGCUGUAUGUUAGUAGGCGUAAAUUUCGGCUAACCAUAUUUCCUGGAUCUGUUGACCAUGCUGUGGUUGCGGCGCUGAUCGUAAUCUUUUUUGAACGAAGAAGAAAAUAGGAAAAGGAAAUGGAUUGAAUAUGUGCAAUUUUCAUGCGUUUCCCUCUCACAGAUCCUUUUUAUGUGAUUCUUGUACUUGGAGCAUCGAACAAGGUUCAUAUAUAUGUCUUCAGCCGUGAGCUGUUGUACUUUUGGUAGUAAGAGUGUAACUCUGUCAUUCUUCCUCUACUUCUAUAUAUUCGCUUGAAAGGGUCAUAGUUGUGUGAAA